AUGCCGGGAAACGAUAAACUCAACACUUGUAUCGACGAAGCGACAAGAUUGUUGGGCGACCCUAAUCCGCGAGCGGCCUACCCAAGCCUCAGGGCCGCUUUAGGCUAUCCUGCCUCGAUCAGCCUAUCGCCUGAGCUUUUCCAGACAGCCUUGCACGUACUGGCAGAGAUUACAGGCCGUAUUGCCUCGCGAGACACCGCGAGUAUUGCUGCUCGUGCAGCCAGCCUUCCGAAUGAUGCUGUUGCGCUUUUCGUUCUCGGGAUGUCCAUGAUGGGGCAAGAGCAGUAUGACAUAGCUGCAACAAUGCUUACUCGGGCGGUCGCGUGCGAUCCAGAUAGCAGCCAUUACCGGGCCAAAGCCAUAGCGGCUUUGGAAAGGAGUGGGAACUUCACCGAUGCGUUGCAUUACCUGGAAGCCAGUUCUGAUGAAUGGAAAGAAUCUCUACUUGGCAUUUAUCAGAAGGCGUGGUUUUCGGUGCGAACUGGUGAUUUAAGCGUUGCGCAUGAAGUAAACGACCGCCUCCAGGAAGGUUGUAAGCACACCCAGGACGCAGUGUGUCUUUCCGCUGCUGCUCGCAUCAAUACCGUGGUUUGUCAUGAGAAGGAUACAAGGGGAUGGAAUUACAUAUUAAAUGGCGGUAUUUUGCUUCAUCUGUCUCCUUAUGGGAAGGAGGUGAUGAACGGUCGCUACGCAUACGUCCGGGACACCGAAUUGCUUUGUAAUGAGGCCAUUCUGAAGUUGCAUGCGGUGUUACGCCAGCAGAACAUCAGGAUUCCGAAGGUCUUCGUCCUUGCCGACGCGAAGAGUCAGAUUCUCGCGCUUGCGCUGGGAAGAACCUUGGGUUGCGAGAUGACCGCGUGGCCCGACGGUGGCACUGAUGAACCGGGAUUAGUCCCUGUGUACGAUCUUGAGGAACUCAGUGACGUAGUGUUUUCAAGUCUUGCCAGGGAUGCACCAGGUCAGUUUCUAUGGGUUCACACUGUCCGGUGGGCAGAUCACACGCCUCGCAUAUAUGCGGCUGAUUUUGUCACCUACCUUCAGCAGGCGUACAGCUCACCAUGGGACACAAGAGUAAGAGUAGGGGACUCAACUGGGGUUGCCGGCAGCGGGGUAGAUCUGAGAACCGCUGAUCUGGGCGUACUCGCGAACAGGAUUGUGGACGCCGAGAGUGACUCAACGUCUUGGGAUGACGAACCAGAGAUUUUGGCACUCGCAGAUGCCAUCUCAUUUGGGCAAAGCCAGCCCGUAGGAGCCGUACGACGCCGAGACAUGCAAUGGCCGGGGUCGCCGGUCCAUAGUAACCGUUUCUAA